AUGGACGUCCUCCAACACAGGAACAUGGCACAUCAUCGUAAGUGUUCCAUCUGUGGCGAGACAGAUUCUUGGAAGCAUUCGUUGCUGGAGUGCAACAUGGCACGGUGUGUCUGGGCGCUAGCACCGGAGGAGAUCACAGACCUAAUUUGCAAUGUCCAGGAGACUAAGGCAAAAGCGUGGCUAGCGACAGUUUUUAAGGCGGUACCACAUGGUGAUCUCACGAGGGUGGUCGUAACUCUUUGGGCGUUGUGGCAUGCGCACAGGAAGGCCAUCCACGAAGGGAUCAUCCAAAGCCCUCUGUCCACAAACUGUUUUGUGGAGAGGUUUAUAUCUGACCUACAGGUGGUCAAUAAGCCUGUUAAUGUUGUGCAAGCAAGGGACGCACGAGGGCCUGCCUGGAUUCCCCCUCCGCAGGGCAUGGCCAAAGUUAACUUUGAUGCAGCAACGUCGAAGAAUUCUACUACUUCAGCCAUUGUGGCGGUUGUACGUGGAGAAGACGGAAGCUUCCUAGGUGCGUCCUCAGUCAUUCUCGUCGGGGUCACGGAUCUGGAGACUCUGGAAGCGAUGGCAUGUAGAGAGGGUCUAGCUAUUGCAGCUGACCUACUACUGCAGAGAUUUAGAUUGGUGACGGACUGCAAAAAUGUGGUGCGGAGCGUAGCUGGGGAGGGCAAGGGUUCUUAUGGCCACAUAGUACAGGAGAUCAAGGCACGAACCAGAUCCUUUCAAGAGGUAGAGCUUGUCCAUGAGAGAAGGACAGCAAAUGUCGAUGCACACAAUUUGGCCAGAAGCUCAAUCUAUCUAGCGACUGGAAGACGUGUGGUUUAA